UGAAUUUUUUGUGCCACUGGGGAUUUUAUGAUUUUAAAACUUUUACAAGUCUCUUUGUUGCAUUGCUAGUGUUGCUUCAUUUUUCCAGCGCACUUAAAUGAAUGUGAAUGUGUUUUUACUUAAAAAGACAUAAACAUUACAAAACAUUACGGAUAUUAAAACUGUAACAAUAUUACAUAUAUUUUUCGUGAAAUGAUGGAUGUCAUACAAAGUUUUAACUAUGCAAUGAACAGACUUUUCAACAAUGAUCGGCUGCAGUGUUGGAAUUAUUAUCACCAGUUUAAUUCUAUGUUGGAGAAUGGGGAAGAAGGAGAGGAAGCAGAUGAUACUUCCCUUGACAACAACAAGAACAAAAUAGUGCAAACCCCUGGCGACAGCUACCAUGGUGAUGACACAGAAGCUGACCUUCCUAGCAACAAGGAUGAAACUGAGGUCAAGGACACCAAAAUGACUGCUGACACAAAAACAAACUCAUUUGUCACUCCUGAGGAGAAAGUUGCUGCAAUCCUUAGAGAGAUCAAAAGUGCAGCACCUGAUUCCACAACAAGCAACCCAGCCAGCCACCGAGGUCGACAGAGUGAGGAGGCACGUAUUGCCGAGCUGCUGAACCGGGGUGAUACUGCUGUAAUCUACCCUGAACCUGUGAGUGAUACCGAGGAACAGGCGAACAAUGAAGAAGCUGGCAGCGAGGAGGAAGAGAUUGUCCUCAAGUGUAUGCACUGUCCCCAGACAUUCUUGCGUGCUAUAAUCCUCCGUGACCAUAUGCGCGAUGUUCAUGCAGACAAACCCCUCAAGUUCAUGUGCCCAAAAUGUGAUGAGACCUUCCACCAGAAGUCGCAGCUCGACAAGCACCUGACCCUCCACUCCCCAACAUCACAGGUGUGCGCAGUGUGUAACAAGACAUUUGCGAACGUGUACCGCCUGCAGCGUCACAUGAUCAGCCACAACGAGAGCACCGACCUUCGCAAAUUCAAGUGUCCUGAAUGCGGCAAGGCCUUCAAGUUUAAACACCAUCUCAAGGAGCAUGUGCGCAUCCACAGUGGCGAGAAACCGUUCGUUUGUCAGAACUGCGGGAAGCGAUUUUCUCACUCUGGUUCCUUCUCCUCCCACACAACUUCCAAGAAGUGCUGGGGCUUAUCAGCAACACGCGGACGGGACAGCUCCACAUCCCAGGGGUCUGGACAUCAUACGCAGUCAGGCCUUCAGGGGCAGUCAGUGGUGGGUUCGAGCCAGAAGACUGGUGGAAACCACAUGCUGACACAGUUUUCAAGACCGUCCAUGUCAUCGGCUCCAGUGUCACUGCCUCAGCACUUCCUGCAUCAUCCAUACAGUGCCACACAGAAGGGGAUCUCACCAUUCUUCUACCCUCCACACAUGCUUGCCACUUCUGACGGCUUCCUACACCCAAUGUAUUCUACGAUGCAUCAUCCACUUGCCUCCCACAUGACAGGAUUGCCUGGCCUAGCAGGGAUGAAGCCCAGCGAUGGAAAGGACCGCAGCAGUGCCUCCCCACAUCCUUCCCUGUCCAGCCUAUCAUCAGCUAGAUCUACACGCUCUAUGUCCCCUCACAGCCAAUCAACACGCAGCUUCUCUCCACAAAGUCACUCGGGACGAUCUGUGUCACCAGGAAGUGUUUUUAGCUCACCCCCACCUACUCCAUCGAGACGCAGCAUGACCCCCGGUGCACAGACCAAACAAGAAGUGGUCACACCAAGCAGGGCCAGUACAUCAUCUGGAAACGAGCAGAUCUCCCCUGAUGUUAACUCCAACACCAAACUGCUGAACUGCAUUGAAGUUUCAAGCCCUGAAUCUACAUCCACUGAGAAGAACGAAGCUGUCUCUGUGAAUGUUGUUAUUAAAACUGAUGGCACUGGAUGUAAUGAAGUGGACACUACCAUGAAAUUGGAUGACCACAGUGACAAACCGCGACAACAGAGUGAUGGACAGAAACAAUACUUGUGUCAGCACUGCAAUGAGACGUUUGAGAACCCUAUUACCCAGCACCAGCAUGAGCGCUACCUCUGUAAGCAAAACAAAGAUGUGGUUCAUCAUCGUUCCCACCUUGAGCCUUGCCAGUCACCACAUAGCACUGUGUCAGACAUCAGCCAUGUUGAGUCUACAACUAAUGGCAGCAUUGGUCAUGCCUCAGAUGAUGAAGAUAUCGAGGAGAUGUACAAGGACGAUGGUUCGGUAGAUGAGAAGAGUAUGAGAAUUCGCACGCAGUUCACUGAAGAUCAGCAGACGUAUCUAAAAUCCCAGUAUCUGGUGAACCCAAGGCCUAAGAAGUUUGAACUGAUCAGGAUGGGGAACAAGAUCGGAUUUCCGAAGCGAGUGGUGCAAGUAUGGUUCCAAAACAUGAGAGCAAGAGAGAGAAAGUUUGGUCGCGAGCCCGCUUUCAGCAUGCAGGCACAUGAGAGAGACAUCUGCAGAUCACCUACGUACAUUCCAAAUGUUCCAAAACCAUUUCCGAAUCUCCUGACCAAAGCCGCUGCCCCCUUGUCUACCAGUCAGUCCCGGACAACAAGACCAGGCGAGACCCCACUAGACCUAAGUGUACGAAAGUCUCCACCUCUGGCCCAUGGGGGUAGCUCAUCUCGACAGACCUCACCUGAGAGCACUGACGAUACACAGGCACUCAACCUAAGCAUGAAACGCGAACAUUCUGAAGAGAAACAGACCACUGAGGAGAAAACUGAAAAACCAAGUGAUGCAAGCCAGAAAACCUUUGAAGAUUCCCCAAUCUUCAAGUACAUGCAGCAGGAGGGGAUGUUCAUGAAUGCCCAUCUGUCCGGGUCUCUGUCUCCCAGCCUCGCUCUAUCCAUGCAGUCCCAACUAAUGCAGCAACAGAUGGCCUCGGUCCUGAAGCUACCGCAGUACAAGCCUAACACCAACAGCGAAACCACACCUGCUUCAAGCAACUCCAGCCUACUCUUCAACACUGCAGCAAAAUUGUCAGCAAGUUCAGCCUGCUCCACUUCCCCGUCCUACACUGGCGAUGCAAUGAUCAGCUCCUACGCCACAAGCAUUCCGCUCUCUCGGCCAAUCAUGGCCCAUUCUGAACUUCCAUUGGAUGGUAGCGAUCCUGGUCACCAUGACAACUCUUACCCACACUCUCUAGCAACCCACAAUCUUGCAACACUCGCAGAGGCUGCCCAGCAAGCUGCCAACAUCAUGUCAAACAAACCUAAACGCAUGCGCAAGAAGACGUGGAGACAGGUAGAUUGCUAUAUGGAAGCAGAAGAGGUACAGCUCGAUUUUGAUGAUUCGCAGUCAACAGAUGAUGACCAGCCAUCGAAAAAGAAGCGUAAAUCUUGGAAGGGUCAUCGCGUGGACCGAGAUGAGGGCAUGUAUGCGUGUGACCAGUGUAACAAGCUCUUCAGCAAACAGUCCUCCCUCGCCAGGCAUAAAUAUGAACACUCGGGUGCUCGGCCAUUCGCCUGUGACCUGUGUGAGAAAUCAUUCAAGCACAAACAUCACUUGACAGAGCACAAACGUCUUCACAGUGGCGAGAAACCGUUCCAGUGUCGGAAAUGCGGGAAGCGAUUCUCUCACUCAGGAUCGUUUUCUCAGCACAUGAACCACCGCUAUAACUACUGCUCCCCUAACAAGCCCCUGAGCCCAUCAGCCGAUCCCUCGCACCAUGGCAGUGACCUUGACCUUGAUCAGGAUAUGAGCUCACAGGAGUCAAACUAACAAUACAGUGAUGGGAAAGUGGCUUUAAAUGUUAUUGUGAAGUAUGAAGCGCUAUUUCAAGUAAGUGUUGGUCACCCCAUAUGGUGGAAAGAGAUAGGGUUGCCUGAACAUUAGAAGAAUGUGACCUUCACACUAACAGGGUGUGCUUGACCUCAUGUGAGGAUUGUGCUUAAAUUGUGACUCUUGUCAUGGUGGUGAACUAAGAAACAGCAGUUUUCUGAUAGAUAUGCAAAUCUUAUCAAGAUUGAAGAUUGUGUUGUUUAAACAUGCUUUUUACUUGUUUGAGACUAAAUAAUGUAUUUUUUAUUAUUCUGUUUAUCUGAUAUCUGACAGAAAUCCUAGAUCUAUGUCUUGUUCUGUUUUAAGGUGUAUCUUCUGUAUGCACCUGUAUGUAGUAGCUAUGUGCUAUAUGAAGCCUUGUUUCAGUGCUUUUACUUUUUGUGCUUAGAGCUUUAAGAGAAAAAUGAACAUGUGCUGAUAUUUAAACCAAACCUCAGUUUGUGGUGCUUCCCGCCAAAUAGGCAAAAUCUCCCAGAACUGUUAGUGCUUUGAAACUGUAUAGAAAUGUAUCUCUUGCAAGCACUUUGUAUGAUAAUAAAUAUUCUGUCUCUGAAUAAGAGAACAUUCCUUGAUAAUGCUCCUGUUCAGGAUUAAAUGUUAGUGUACAUUGAUAAACUUGUAUUUUUUGUAAUCAUUUUUUGCAUAAUGAAGUUUAUCUCAUGUAUGUUUGGGACCAUCUUUAGUGUAAGAUAUCUGAUAUUUUUUUUAUGAAAUUGUCUUGCCAAUGUAUAUGUCGGAAAAUGUUUGUAUUAUUUUUGCUCUUUUAUGUAUAUAUUUGUCUCAUCGUUAAAGAUACCUUUUCUUGUCAUUUAUUAGAUUCUAGACCUAGAUAGCUACCUGAUAUUGAAUACUCAAGUAUGUUUGUAGAGUUUUCACCAUUUGACAUCUGUUAAGUUUUACAAAUACAAAUUUUCCCCCAAGGGGUGCAACCAGAAAAUUAAUCAAUGAAAUUUGAGAUAUAACAUGAUAGGUAAGAUAAUUACAUGACAUGUUGUCUUCCGCAAUACUAAGUAGAUUUCACAUUGUUAAAUAUUUUAGAACAGGACCCUCAAGUUCUCAAAACAUCUGGCCCCAAUUUCUCAAAACAUCUUAAGUCCCUUAUAACAGGAUUAAGCUAAACUCACUAUUUUUGUUGUUCUAUAAUAUGCGUUAUAUUUACUUCUUACUGACUUCUGAGAGUUUUAAUAAAUUAUAUAAGAAAAAUCUGUAUGCUAAUUAGAAGAAAACAUUUUUCAUUUUCAAAAUCCAUUAUUAGUAUGUAUUUUGGCUAAUUGAAAUAAGCGACUUAAGCCUGUAAAGCUUAAGAAGUUUGGAGAAAUUGGGGCCUGAAGUCCAUAGUAACAGGAUUAAGCUAAGCUCAAUAUGUUUGUUAAUGGAAAUAUCUACGUAAUAUUUACAUUCUUUUUAGAGAAUUGUUAUUACACAGUGCAUUAGAAUAAUAUGUCUAGUCGAGAAUUUAGAUGAUUUUCUGUAUAUUUGGUUCUAGUCAAAUGGGAUUAUUUGCAAUAAUUAUAUGUCUGGUUUUAAAAUUGCUAGUCAUAAAUAUUGCAAUAGUAAACAUUUCUGGUCACAUUUGUUUUCUGUCUGUCAGGACAGUUUUUGUUUGUUUUCUGUCUAUCCUGAACAGUUAUUACUCAAUGACUUGUAGUACUAUAAGGUUUUGUUUAAUCAUUAAAUUCAAAAUCAUUGAAAAGGUUUUAGUUUCUGAGAUACACAAAUCAAACGUAGUGUAAUGUUAACAUCAUUGAUAACUUAAGCAAAUCCAUGAAUUUUAGGGCUAAAUUGUUGAUGUUUUUGUUGAAUUUGUUUUUGUUUAAAAACCAGUAUUAAGAAAUCCAGUUUGGGCUAUAGUGCCAUUUACGCAUAAUUUUUAUCUUAUAUAUGAUAUUGACGUAAUAAACCAUUACUGUCUUCCAUUUUUUGUAUCACAUGAUAUUCAUGUGGACAACAAUUCAGCGUUCUUCCAAAUGUACAGAGCUUCCUGAGUAUUUGUGUGUAGAAGUAGUUUUUUGUCGUGAAAUCGUCAAGUGUUUCUUCCAAGUUGCCACAUUAACUAACUCAGUAUUUGUUUUCCGAUUAUGUAUUUAAUCCAAUGUGCCAAUGGAUAUGUUCGAUUUUAGUAAUUUUAAUGCCAUUUUUGUAAUACUUUUUAUAUUUUCUUUGUUUUGUCUGCUUACCAAAGAAUCUCAACAGUUUGUGCCAAGUAAACUAAGAUUUUAUGCUAAGACUUACAAUCAAAAAUGAUACUAUUUUAUUACCAUUAGUUAACAUUGUUAUUAAUGGAAUUUCUGCAUGCACAACACAAUGUGAGAAAUCCAUUUGAGAAAUCCAUUUGUGUCUCUUCAUGUUUCAUUUGUUUUAAGUGAUUUAUGAUAUUAUAUGAUCCACUCAGUCAGUGGUGUUUGGAGAUUAUGUUGCAGUAUGUGUGCAUGUUGUACAACUAGUUGUUCUUGUCCUAGAAUACUUCCUGUUCUCUAAUAUUUUAUCUUUUUAAGGAUUUUUGCAUUAUUUUGAUGAAAAUGAAACAAUAUUACCAUGAAAAUGUUAUUCUAAAUCAAAGAUUAAAUUAGAUAUGCUUUUCGAACAAGAAUUUAAUAACACAUCAACUUUCCUUGUAGUUAAAACAGUUACAUUUUGCAUUGUCUUGUACAAAUUUGAACAAUUUUCCUUUUUCGAUUUCAAGUAUCCAGUUUGUUUUGUAUGUAUGUGUGUACAUAUUGCCUGUGUAGUUUAGUGCUAACAUAGACUAGUAAAGCUAACAAUUUUGUAUUUCUUUUUCAAACGGUCGGGAGUCAAACAUAAAACAUUUCUCCACGAUUAUUCCAUUUGUGCCAAAGUACUCUUCAGUAUUCUACUCAGUCAAUGAUGGAGUCUGAAUGUGCCAACUGUGUAUAUGUGUUUCCUGCAUGUUGUAUAUGUCUCUGUGUUUGUAGUUUUUGCACUAAAUAGUAGUUUUAAUUCUUUUGUUUGUAGAACUUAGUAAAUUGCGUGUUUUGUUUACACCUGAUAAUGAUACAGAAUAAUCGCACUGUUGAUAUGUUACACUUGUGUAAAAAUAUAUGUAAAAAAUGUCCAAGUAUUUUCAAACAUCACUGACUGGUUGAUUGAUUUAUCGUUUAAUCAAAUAUGAUUGGUGAUUUCAUGUAUUCCUUUCCCGCUUAAUUGAUUUAUCAAGUUUUAAGAAUCUAAAGGUCUUUCUAUAAAAUAAAAAUAUAGAAUAAGUCUUAUAUGUACAUGUCUAAUAUGCCAAACUAAUGGAUGAUAUAAAAAGUACAUGGAAAUGUACGUGUUUAACUGGUGAUGUUUUCUUUGUACAUGUAUGGAUUAUGGGCAUGAUGUAUAUAAUCAUUCGUUAAAAUAUGUACAUUUAAUAAAUCACGUUAUAAUGACUUUGUCAUUCCUGACAUAAGUACCUGGGCAUUACCUGGGCAUUACCUGGGCAUUACCUGUACAUGUGCACUCACAACCAAAAGAAAAUUUGAAACAGAUUUUAGGUAUAUAGGUCUAUAAGUUUUGAUAGUCAAUAAAUAGGAUAUUUGCCGAAAAACUCACUUCAGUAAAAAAGCGAAACCACUUUUGUCAUACAUCACAGACACAUUAUUUUGUUAAGAGAGUUUUUUUUAUUAUUAUUAGAGAAAAAUGAAAAUUGGUUAAAUCAUUAAUAACAGGUAAUGCCUAGUGUUAUUAAAAUCAUCUGUAAAUAGUUAUUGUGUAUAUUAGCAAUACCAUGACAUUUGAUGACUGUUUCAUCAUUACAAGGACCAAACUAUAGCACAUUUCCAUUUAUUUUGAUGAGUAGUCAGUGCUUAUGUAGUCAGUGCUGAACUAGUCAGUGCUUAAGUAGUCAGUACUCAGUAGUGUCAGCUUGGCGGAUACUCUGUGUAUCAGCUGUAUAUGCCUGUUGAAAUCUUGCCAAUUUUGUGUAUAUAAUAUGAUAUGUAAGAAAGUCUUCUUAGUCUGUGCUUAGUUUUAUUUGGUUCCUUUUUAAUUAUAUAUGUAUGUUUAAAUCCAUAUUCUUUUGAUGUAUGAUAAUUGAUGUUUCGUUACUUUGCUUAUUUCAUUUGCUCAGAUUUUCUGUUUUAAUAUAUACAUUUUCUGUAGAUUAGUAUUUCAUAGAUUUUAAAACUAUAUUUAUUUCUCUACUCUAUUAAUAGAUUGCUUGAUUUUACUAUUAACAUAUUUUAAUAACACUGUUUUAUCUAAAAUAGUCUUAAGAUUUUUUUAGCAUUCAAGAAAACUUGUUCAAGAAUGUGUGAUUGUAUGUGAAUGAAUACCUACAUGUUAAGUGUGAUUUUCAGUAUGGAAACAGACUUAUUUUUAAGUUAACAGUUUUAAAGAUAGUUAUAUGAACUUAAGUUAAGUUUAUCUCGUGAAUGUUGUACUGGUGGGACUUUUUUCGUCUCAGACAUCUCAACAAGUAUUACCAUGUACAGUAGCGUCAGUAUUGUGAAAUGUGGUCUUGUGAAAACUGCAGCUAUGUGGAAACAUUGUUAUUAUCUGUUGUAAUGCAGUGGUGUUGUAAAUUCUGUCCUUUUUUUAGAAUUCUUGAAUUAUUUAAUUUUAAAAAUCUCAGAAAUAUUAUAUGCACUAUUUUCUUUGGAUUUGAUAAUUGUUUCUAUUUGUAUAGGUGCCAAUAUAAAUUGGAACUUAAAUAAAACCCUAGUCCUUACUUGAUCUACUUUUGUCUAUAAAAUGUUAUUGAAAAAACACUGAAUUUUAUAUUUUAUCAAGAAUCUUUUUAAUAUUUCUAUGCAAGUGACUGAAUAUGAACUCUGUAAUAGACGAAUGUAUGAAUUUUUGUGAGUUGUGUAUAUGUGUACUUGUAUGUUGUCAAAAGAAGAAUACGAAAUAUGGCCUACUCUUACAAAUUAUGGUCUACCUAACUUGCGUAGAUUUAUUUGUCACAUUUUAUGAUGAAAGCAAAGAGAGAAAUAAAUAUUUGUGAAACUA